AUGAUUGAAAGGAAAUUGAAAAAGAAUAGUGUGGCUCUUGAUAUUGUUAACUUUGAUGAGGAAAAUGAGGGAAAGCCCAAGAAGCUUGAGGCACUAGUUGCUGCUGUGAAUAAUAAUGAUAGAAGUCGUGUUAUGCAUAUUCAUCCUGGUCCAAGUGCUCUUUUUGAUGUGCUUAUCAGUAGAUGGUGGUGGUGUUGUAGGCAAAAGAUGCAUUGGAAUGGGCUUAUAGAGGAGAAAGUGCUGUCAAGGACAGCAGCGUCAAGGUGCUAUUACGAUUCACAGCAGCGCCCCAACGCUGUGAACGACAGGGAGGAGAAGGGAGGGAGAAGGGAAGAGAAGGGGGAAGGAGGAUGUGGAGGAGACGGCAGGCGGUGGAGGUGCUGCUACAAUUCACAGAAGCGCCUUGACGCUGUGAACGCCAGGGACAAUAAGGGAGGGAGGGGGAAGAGGAGGUGGAGGAGGCGGCACCUCGCUAAUCUUUCAAAGCCGUUGGCCUACCGGGAAAUCGAGGCCCUCCAGACGCUGUAA